AUGUUGGCCUCCGCGCGCGUAGCGUCGGCCCACGCGCUGUCCGUGGCGUGCAGAAUACCCGCCAAUAAGAGCCACCAUGCGCACUCCCAAGUGUCGCUGCUACAAGGUCGCAAGCAGCAUGUAGCGAGACCUGUCUGCCAAGCCAGCCACCGCAGCAAGACCGAGACCACCACCGCCACUACCACCACAGCAGCACCCGCAUCAAUAGCAGCAGCAGGCAGCGGCUUGUGGGCUCUCCUCGCAGCUCUCCCCGUCCCUGCUGCCCUGGCGGAGACUGCAGCGGAUGCAGACGCGGCGGCGGCGGCAGCUGCGGCGGCGUUGGCGGACGCGUGUUCGCAGGAGCUGGGCGGGGCGGACCUGAACACGGUGAUCGCCGUGGCGUGCGUUGUGCAGCUCAUCGCGCUCAUCGGCGCGGGCGUCGGAGGUUGGAUGGCACGAGUGCGCAAGGCGGAAGUAGAGCGCAUCAACGCGCAGCUGAGGCAGAUCAACAUCAGCCUGCGCAAGCAGGCGCGCGUCGAGUCCUACGCGCCCUCCCUCUCCUACGCCCCCGUCGGUCAACCCGCCGCCGCCGCCGCCGCUGCUGCCGCCGCCGCGGCAGCUGUGGCCGCCGUGAGCGCACCAACAGAGGCCGCGGAGGCUGUGAAGAAGGAGGGGGGGGCGGCGAUUUCGGAGGAGAAGCGGGCGGUGCUGCGGCUGCUGAAGGAGGGGAAGAGGUACCUGCGCGAGGGGAACAACGCCGCGGCGUUUGUGGAGUUUGAGAAGGGGCUGCAGCAGGCGCAGCGCAUGGGGGAUUGCCUGGAGGAGAAGAAAGCGGCGCGUGGCUGUGGAGCAUCACUGCAGCGGCAGGGCAAGUAUCGGGAGGCGAUAGCAUACCACCAGAGGGUGCUGGACAAGUCAGCGAGCACCGGCGAGCAUGCAGGCGACACAGAGGCCUAUGGCGCCAUUGCUGACUGCUACACUGAGAUUGGUGACCUUGAGAAUGCCGCUAAAUUGGGGGACCUCGAGAAUGAUGCUGAUGCUGAUGCUGAUGCUGAUGCUGACGCUGAUGCUGAUGCUGAUGCUGACGCUGAUGCUGAUGCUGACGCUGAUGCUGAUGCUGAUGCUGACGCUGAUGCUGAUGCUGACGCUGAUGCUGAUGCUGAUGCUGAUGCUGACGCUGAUGCUGAUGCUGAUGCUGACGCUGAUGCUGAUGCUGAUGCUGACGCUGAUGCUGAUGCUGAUGCUGACGCUGAUGCUGAUUCUGAUGCUGAUGCUGAUGCUGAUGCUGAUGCUGACGCUGAUGCUGAUGCUGAUGCUGACGCUGAUGCUGAUGCUGAUGCUGACGCUGAUGCUGAUUCUGAUGCUGAUGCUGAUGCUGAUGCUGAUAUGCUGAUGCUGAUGCUGAUGCUGAUGCAGAUGCUGAUGCUGAUAUGCUGA